AUGAGCCGUGGAGGUCGCGGCGCCGGCAGAGGAGGUACUCGGGGAGGGCGGUCAAGUGAUAGAUCGGAAGAUAGGAGUAGUCGUUUCGGUGCACCCCGUGGCCGAGAUGGCGGCAGAGGGGGAAGAGGUGGUAGCUUUGGAAAUCGCGGCGGAGGCGGUCGUGAUGAUUUUAGAAGUUUUAAGAAUGACCAACCGGGCGGUAAUUUACGAAAGAUCCGUUGGGACACAGUAACACUGACCCCAUUCCAGAAAAAUUUUUAUGUCCCUCAUCCAAAUGUUCAAAAGCGUUCACCAGCCGAAGUCGAGGCAUACCGUAGUGAAAACCAGAUCACGGUCAAAGGGCGGGAUGUGCCGGCGCCGAGUAUAUAUUUUGAGGAAGGUGGAUUUCCAGAUUAUGCUAUGAGGGAAAUUUUGAAGCAAGGCUUUCCUCAUCCUACACCAAUCCAGGCACAGGGCUGGCCAAUAGCCCUGUCUGGUCGAGAUUUAGUUGGAAUAGCUCAAACUGGCUCUGGAAAAACAUUAGCAUAUAUUUUGCCAGCUAUUGUACAUAUUAUUAACCAACCCAGGCUGUUGAGGGAUGAGGGGCCCAUAGUACUUGUUUUGGCACCAACUAGGGAGCUUGCACAGCAAAUUCAACAGGUUGCAACAGACUUCGGUCAAAAUGUUCAAGUUCGCAACACAUGUAUAUUCGGUGGGGCCCCCAAAGGACCACAAGGUCGUACUUUAGAACGUGGUGUUGAAAUUGUCAUUGCUACCCCUGGAAGGUUGAUUGACUUCUUAGAAAAAGAUACAACUAACCUACGUCGCUGCACAUAUUUAGUAUUGGAUGAAGCAGACAGAAUGCUGGAUAUGGGCUUUGAGCCGCAAAUUAGGAAAAUCAUUGAGCAAAUUCGGCCAGACAGACAAGUACUUAUGUGGUCAGCGACUUGGCCUAAAGAGGUCCAAAACCUGGCUGAAGAGUUUCUACAUGAUUACAUCCAAAUUAACAUUGGUUCGCUGAGUCUUUCUGCAAACCACAAUAUCCUGCAAAUUGUUGAUGUGUGCGAGGAGUGGGAGAAGAAUGACAAGUUAUUGACACUGCUUAAUGAGAUAUCUUCUGAGGAAGAAACAAAGACUAUAAUUUUUGCUGAGACAAAGCGAAAGGUGGAUGAAAUCACCAAAACUAUAAACCGCGCCGGAUGGCGAGCACUAGCUAUCCACGGAGACAAGAAUCAGCAAGACCGUGACUAUGUCCUCGGACAAUUCCGACAGUCGAAUGGCGGCAUUCUGGUUGCCACUGAUGUCGCAGCUAGAGGCCUUGAUGUGGAGGAUGUGAAGUUUGUGAUAAACUACGACUAUCCAAACAACUCUGAAGACUACGUUCAUCGCAUCGGACGUACAGGACGCUCGCAGAACACCGGCACGGCUUACACACUCUUCACGCCCACUAACUCCGCUAAGGCCAAGGAUCUCAUGUCUGUGUUGCAAGAAGCAAAUCAAGUUGUGAACCCGAGACUGUUGGAGCUAGCUCAGUGCGGGAUGGGCUUUAAGGGAAAGUAUGGGCGCGGGCGGUUCCGCGAGCGCGACGAGCCCGAGCGCGGCCGCGGCCGGGGCCGGGGCCGCGGCGGACGCUUCGGCGACCGAGGCUCAAGGUGGGAUGAAAAUGGCGGCUCAGGUGGCUACAACCAAGGCUCAGGCUUCAAUAAACGUCCGGACUUCAAUAACCGUCAGGACAGCUAUAACAACCGUCAGGACAGUUCCAACAAUCGUCAAGACAACGGAACCGCUCGACAGAGCUUUGGUAACAGGGAUGGUGGAUUCAAUCGUGAGAAUUCCGGAGGCUUUAGAGGUCGAGGUGGCCAAAGGGGCAGAGGCCGUGGAGGCUCCAGCUACAACCAGAACGAUUCUCAAGGUUACCAGAACCAAAGCCAGAACUUCAAUGUACCCCCACCCACUUCGUAUUAUAACAUGUAUUCUCAACCUCCCCCACCCCCUGCUGCUAAGUUUGGAGCCAAAUAA